AUGUUUCUGAAGAAGCUUCUUGCAAUUGCAGCGAAGAAUGAAACGUUAGUCCACACCACAAGUGCAUAUACAAUGUACAACACUACUUUUGAGAACAAAAGAGCUACAAAACUUGCAUUUACACAACCACCGGUAGCCUACUCAUUCUUGAGGAAGAUAAAGCAUGAUAACAUAGUUGGAAUUUAUAAGCUGAAUGUGGAGAAAGGAUAUCUGAUUACAAAGAGGCUGUUUCCUUUUUGCUCUGUGUUCAGAAAGGAAACCAGGGAAUUUAACAAAUACAUAUCUUUUAAAAUAGCACAGGCAAUAGUGUUCCUUCACACUCAAUGUGGUGUAGUUCACGGAAAUAUCGUGAAGGAUUCUCUUUUCUUUAACGAGGAAGGUGGGAUAGUUCUUGGCGGAUUUGAAAAGAGCAGAAACAGUAGCGUAUUUGACCAAGACAACAUAAUGUUCAGUAAUCUUGUGAAAGAGCUAACAAAUGUUGACACCACCCUUGUUAAAGUUGCCGGAGAUGAGAGGUUUUGCUCAGAUAUAUUCUUAGACCUGGAUAUCGCAUUUUUUGGUUACAAGUCUUUUACUACAGAGCAGAAACUAGAUUUCAUUUCAAAGGCCAGAAAGAGCAAAAAUGAAUUUGUAGACAUCCAUAAGAGAAGGAUAUCAUGGAUGAUUCUUGGAGAUAUAAACUCUAGCACUCAGAAGGACUUCAAAAUACUAGCUGUUGAUUUUGUCCUGGGUUUUGGAGUCUCAGACAUGGAGGAGUUUUUACCUCCAUUGUUUUCCAUAUUGGACACGGGUAUCAGACUCUACCUUCUUAGAAACUCUGAUAAGUACAUCAGUAGAAUCGUUUCUUUAGACCCAAUAAUAAAAAGUCUGUCCCUUGGCAUCAAAUGUAAAGAUAAGGAGCUGAGAGAAGAAACAAUUGUGUUUAUAAAGGAAAACAUAAACAUGAUAUCUAAGAAGCAGCAAUCUGAAAUAUUGGAAACAAUGCAUGGAUACAUCUUGGAUGACCAGGGGAUGCAGUUGGUUCUCAAGUUUCUUUGCGAUGUAAGACCUGUUUUCAAGAAAACUGAUGUUGUAUAUAGAAUUCUCUGUAAGUACCUUAUCCAAUCAAAAUCAAAAGUAAAGGUCCUUGCUGCAAUGGAAAUCUUCUAUGAGACCUUUGAUAACUUCAAGAUGACUACAGAGCUUCUACCUCUUCUCUGUGGAUAUCUAUCAAACAGACAUGCACAGCCUGCAGUUUUUUCCCUCAUAGAAAAAGUCCUUGAGCAUCUCAAGGAACACAAAACUGAAAUAGUGGACAAGGAGUGGAAGAUUGGAAAUAUCAAAAACAUCUUUAAGCCAAGAUCUCCAGAAGGCCAAGGAACAAUUCCUUCCGGAAAGGUAGAGACUCCAUCGGAAAAGUCAGAAAAUGAGCUGAGCCAGGACCAUAAGGAAUGGAAAAGCCCAGAAGACGGAUGGGAUGAUCCAUGGUGA